CCGCCACCACCUUCAUCACCGCCUUCGUAGGCCCCGACCAACAAACAAUCUAUCAUUCUGCUUCUCUUUACUCGAUCAACUCCUCCUUCUGCUCUCUCCCCCUUUAACUCCCUCUUACCUUCGUGUCCGAAUCCUCUUAGUUUCCGAAGGCAGACUCUCUCAAACCUCGCCAGCCAUGGCAAACCCAACCACUGGCUACUCCAUAAAUGUCAACGAUCCCAGCUUGAUCUCUCUGGUCAACAAGCUGCAAGAUGUCUUUUCAACUGUGGGCGUACACAACCCUAUCGACUUGCCCCAGAUUGUCGUCGUCGGAUCGCAGUCCAGUGGAAAGAGUUCAGUGCUAGAGAACAUCGUUGGCCGUGAUUUCCUGCCUCGUGGUUCCGGAAUUGUCACUCGGAGACCUCUUAUCCUGCAACUGAUCAACAAGACCCCUGCGCCGCAAACGAACGGAGAUAACAAGAUCCAGACGACAGACGCCGAGUCGAAUGUCGAUGAGUAUGGCGAGUUCCUGCAUAUCCCUGGCCAGAAGUUCUUCGACUUCAACAAGAUUCGUGAGGAGAUUGUCCGGGAGACGGAGACCAAGGUCGGCCGCAAUGCCGGUAUCUCGCCUGUCCCGAUCAACCUGCGCAUCUAUUCGCCUAACGUCCUCACCCUGACCCUGGUCGAUCUGCCUGGUCUGACCAAGGUGCCCGUCGGAGAUCAGCCCAAGGAUAUUGAGCGCCAGAUUAGGGAUAUGGUUCUCAAGUACAUCAGCAAGCCCAACGCCAUCAUUUUGGCCGUCACCUCGGCCAACCAGGAUCUGGCCAACUCCGAUGGUCUGAAGCUGGCGCGUGAGGUGGACCCCGAGGGUCAGCGCACUAUUGGUGUGUUGAGUAAGGUUGAUCUGAUGGACGAGGGCACUGAUGUUGUGGAUAUUCUCGCUGGACGAAUUAUUCCUCUGCGCCUGGGUUACGUUCCCGUUGUCAACCGCGGUCAGCGUGAUAUUGAGAACAAGCGGCCCAUCGCCUAUGCUCUGGAGAACGAGAAAAACUUCUUCGAGAACCACAAGGCAUACCGGAAUAAGGCAUCGUACUGCGGUACUCCCUACUUGGCCCGCAAGUUGAACCUGAUCCUCAUGAUGCACAUCAAGCAAACUCUCCCCGAUAUUAAGGGCCGCAUUUCCUCCUCCCUUCAGAAGUACACUACGGAGCUGGCGCAACUCGGCGAUUCCAUGCUCGGCAACAGCGCCAACAUUAUUCUCAACAUCAUCACCGAGUUCAGCAACGAGUACCGCACGGUUUUGGAGGGUAAUAACCAGGAGCUGUCCAGCAUUGAGCUGUCAGGUGGUGCUCGUAUCAGUUUCGUGUUCCACGAGCUCUACUCCAACGGUGUCAAGGCCGUGGAUCCCUUCGACCAGGUCAAGGACAUUGAUAUUCGCACUAUUCUCUACAACUCCUCCGGUUCUUCCCCGGCCCUUUUCGUUGGAACCACUGCUUUCGAGUUGAUCGUCAAGCAGCAGAUCAAGCGCCUGGAAGACCCCAGCAACAAGUGUAUCUCUCUGGUUUACGAUGAGUUGGUCCGCAUCCUCGGCCAGCUGCUGAACAAGCAGCUGUUCCGCCGCUACCCCCAGCUGAAGGAAAAGUUCCACGCCGUUGUCAUUGCCUUCUUCAAGAAGUGUAUGGACCCCACUAGCAAGCUGGUGAAGGAUCUAAUCGCCAUGGAGGCCACCUACAUCAACACUGGCCACCCUGACUUCCUCAACGGACACCGCGCUAUGGCUAUUGUCAACGAGCGCGCAGCGGCUGCCAAGCCCACGCAGGUUGACCCCAAGACCGGCAAGCCCCUUCCCGCUCGUGCCCAGAGCCCGUCUCUUGACACCACCGGUGAGGUUCAGAAUGGCAGCGGUUUCUUCGGCAGCUUCUGGGCUACAAAGAACAAGAAGAAAAUGGCGGCCAUGGAGGCUCCUCCUCCAACCCUCAAAGCUUCCGCCAGUCUGUCUGAGCGUGAGACCUCCGAGGUCGAGGUUAUCAAGUUGUUGAUCACCUCAUACUUCAACAUCGUUAAGCGAACGAUGAUUGACAUGGUUCCCAAGGCUAUCAUGUACACCCUGGUGCAGUUCACCAAAGAUGAGAUGCAACGCGAGCUUUUGGAGAACAUGUACCGCAACAACGAGCUGGACGACCUGCUCAAGGAGAGCGACUACACCAUCCGCCGGCGGAAGGAAUGCCAGCAGAUGGUCGAGAGUCUGGGCCGUGCCAGCGAGAUCGUCAGCCAAGUUCAGUAAACAGCUAGUGCCAGAAGCAUGGCAGCUUCUCAUCAUGGUUCGUUAGGGGACGAUCAAGUCGUCGAAGCCGACUGCAUGAUUGAAAUGAUUUCGAGCCGACGGGAGCUGGAAACACCUUUCACAUCUCUCAUCUUCCUUUGUGAUUUUUGCACCGGGCUCGAAAUCUUGACUAUACUCGUAUUUUUCACCGUCGCUCGUGCCCAUUUUCUGUUGAACGAGCUGUUCCCCACAUACAGCGAUGCGGUUCCUCUCGCUCUCGAACUAUUGACUCUUCUUCUUGGUUUGGGUGUUGCGGCCGUGUCUUGAGGAAAAAAAGCGGAGUUGGUUUCGCCGGGAAUCGUCCUCUGGUACUUCUCAACUUCGCCCUUUUUUUCCGUCUUGUUUGUUUUGCCCCGAAUUUGAAAGCCUUAUACCGUUUCCCUUUGUUUCUCUUUCUCUUUGUUGGUCCGUUGUCUGCUAUCUGCUUGUUUUGAGACCCAUGAGCCUUCUUCCAGAUGAUGACUGUAUCAACUAAUGAUUUCUCGCUUUCUGUUCUAUGACUUCGCUUUAGAAUUUUGAUCUAUCCACUUUUAUGCUUUGGCCGUGGUAGAAUAUGCUAGAAACAGAUUAUUCUUUUCAUAAGCCUAGGUGAAUCUGCCUGAACUCCAUG